CUUCAAGAAAAACUUCUCCUAGCACACGGUUUCAGUUUCAACCUCCUGUAGCCCAACUUCAUUUUCAUGCCAGACUGCUGAAUUCACCUGGAAUCAGUUAUAAAGGCAAGGGGUCUGGUUGCUGUUCUUCCAUGGAGUUCCCAUUUUAUCACGGAAACAUAACGAGAAAAACCUGUGAAGAAUUACUAAGCAAGAAAGGCAAGGAUGGCAGCUUUUUAUUACGAGAGAGCGAGAGCGUGGCAGGAGCCUUGUGUCUUUGUGUUUUCUUUGAACAGCUCAUCUACACUUAUCGAAUCUUCAGGGAAAGUGAAGGUUACCUUAGGAUUCAGACUUCUGAAGAUGUUCCAAAACGGGUCUUUAAAACAAUAAAGGACUUAAUAUACGCAUAUGAAAAGCCAAAUCAAGGACUUGUCGUCAACCUUCGCUACCCAGUAAGGAGACCGAAGCCCCCAAGGAGGAAAAUAAGGAAAUCCAAGGUAGAGGUGGAUGAAGAUUAUGAUGAAGUUGAAGAUAGAGAUUAUGUUGAUGUCUUACCUUAAAUCAGCUGGGACCUGUUUUUUUGUCAGAGGCGACCUUUUAUCCUGCCCCUCAUCUCAGCAGAUCAAAUGUAAAAAGAUUUCUCUCAGAACUUAACUUUGCACGUGCCACAUCUGCUGGCUGGACAUUCUCAUCAGUGGACUUGUGCCUCUGAAAUUCACUCUCCUGGGCAGCUCAUCAAAGUAACCGACUUGUACUCUUUGGGACACAAUACAAGUUAUAUUUAUUUUACUCAUUAUUAGAAUAACUUGUUUUUAUUUUUAAUUUAUUAUUUUCCUUUUUGCUAACUGAAGUUCUAGCUGCCCUGGUCUGCAGCAUGUU